GUAGUAUUCAAAUACCUAGCUUGUGGGUGGAGUUGAGGUGUGCCAAGGUGCAUAAAUAGGUAUUACUGAGACUUUGCAGUUCACACUGAAACUUGGAACACUUGCCCAGCUCCUCCGACAAGUGGGAGGAUAAACAAGCACUAGCCAUGGAGAAGAGUUGUAUUUCUGUGUUCCUGCUGCUUGUUGCUGUCUCUUAUGCCCUGGCUAAGAAUGAUGGCAAAAGGGAUACAAAAGAAGUAAAAGAGACCAAACCAAAACUGCCUCAAACUCUCUCCAGAGGGUGGGGUGAUAAUCUUAUCUGGACUCAGACCUAUGAAGAAGCCUUGUUCAGAGCCAAGACCGGCAACAAGCCCCUGAUGAUCAUCCACCAUUUAGAGGACUGCCCACAUAGUCAAGCACUGAAGAAAGUAUUUGCUGAACACAAAGAAAUACAGAAAUUGGCUGAAAAGUUUGUUCUUCUGAAUCUUGUUUAUGAAACAACUGACAAACAUCUUUCACCUGAUGGCCAGUAUGUCCCUAGAAUUCUGUUUAUAGAUCCCUCCCUGACAGUUAGAGCAGAUAUUACUGGAAGAUACUCAAACCGUCUCUAUGCAUAUGAGCCUUCAGAUAUUUCAUUGUUGUAUUCAAAUAUGCAGAAAGCUCUGAAACUGCUGAAGACUGAAUUAUAAGGCAGCAGAAAAGCCCAUAUGCAGCCAAGAUGUCUGAUCUUCCUGCUCUGCUCUACUCACUGGCAUCAGUGAAGACUUUUUAGGUUGAUUUUAGAAAUGCAUAGCACUGGUUUAUAUGCAUAACUAACUGUAUUUUUUUUUUUGUUAACACUUUUGUACUGGAUGGGAUUUUAAGUACUGGUUGCUUUUUAAAAAAAGCAUACAGAACACUG